UAAUGUUUACAUCCUUCAACAAAUAUCUCUUGGCCGGAGUUAGGUCGCGACAGUGAGAGAUAAAGCUGCAACCCGACCCGACAGUAAACAUUCUGCGGAAGCACAUCAACCGUCAUCUCCUCUAAUGGCUGCUUCUGUGAAUCUGAAAGGGAAUUACCACGUCUUCCUAAGUUUCAGAGGCACGGACGUUCGGAAGAGCUUCCUCGCUCAUCUCUACACAGCUCUUGACCAGAAAGGAAUCUACACUUACGUCGAUAGCGAGGAGCUCCGGAAAGGAGAGCAAAUAAUGCCGGUGCUUAUGAAGGCGAUCGAGGAAUCGCGCAUCGCGAUCAUCGUUUUCUCCGAGGACUAUGCUUCCUCGCCGUGGUGUUUGGAAGAGGUGGCAAAAAUCAUGGAGUGCAAGGAGCAAAGAGACCUCAUGGUCUUUCCGGUGUUUUACAAAGUGGAACCCAGAGAAGUGAGAACACCAAGAGAGAGCUACAGAGAAGCUAUGGUUAAGCAUGAGAGCAAGUUCGGGAAAGAUUCGGAGAAAGUGAAGAGAUGGAAGAAGGCUCUCUUUGAUGCCGGUAGCUUAUCCGGAUGGGAUUUGAACGAUAAAGAUGAAGCAGAUCUUAUAAAGAGAAUUGUGAAGGAGAUCUCUAUUCAGUUAGACCGAACACCCUUACAUGUUGCCAAGCAUCCAGUUGGAAUACAUCCACAAGUUGUAAAGUUGAAAUCAAUGUUAAAUCUUGAGUCUCGUGAUGAUGUUCUCAUGAUAGGAUUAUGGGGACAGGGAGGCAUAGGAAAAACAACAUUAGCUAAAGCCAUUUACAAUGAUAUUUUUAGACAAUUUGAUGCUUCGUGUUUUUUGGCAAACGUUCGGGAAACUUCAAAAGAUUCCAAGGAUUUAGUUCCUUUGCAAGAAAAAUUGUUGUCCGAAAUAUUACUGGGAAAAGGAUUAACAGUGUUUAGUGUUGAUGGAGGUAUUAAUUUGAUACAAGAUAGACUUUGCCACAAAAAAGUUCUCCUUGUUCUCGAUGAUGUUGAUGACAGAAAACAGUUAAAUGCUUUAGCUGGAGAGCGUGAAUGGUUUGGCAAAGGAAGCAGAAUCAUCAUCACCACAAGAGAUAACCAUCUAUUAACUUUCCAUGGGAUAGAUAAAGAUCAUAUCUAUGAAGUUAAAACUCUAGCGAAUCAGGAAGCUCUCGAACUUUUCAAUAAACAUGCUUUUCUUAGAAAUAAGGAAAUAGUGAUAAGGAGGGAUCUUGUGGAUAGUGCUUUGCAUUAUGCUAAUGGACUUCCUCUAGCACUUGAGGUAUUGGGCUCUUUCCUAUGUGGUAGAAGAGAACAAGAGUGGGAAAGUGCCAUGAAUAAACUUGCCAAAAGUCCUGACAAAACCAUCAAUGAUGUUCUCAAGUUAAGUUAUGAUGGACUAGAGGACUAUACAAAGGAGAUAUUCCUUGAUAUUGCAUGUUUCUUCAAGGGGCGAUCUAUGGAGUACAUUAUGAGAGUCCUCAAUAGUUGCAACUUUAACACAACAAUUGGAGUGCAAGUUCUUGUUGAGAAGUCCUUAAUAACUGUUGAGAAGACCUUCAGAGAUACAGAAAUGGAGACACUACAUAUGCAUGACUUGAUUCAAUUGAUGGGCAUGGAUAUUGUUAGACAAGAAUGUCGCGAUGAUCCUGGAAGACGCAGCAGGUUAUGGCUUUGUGAAGAUGUCCGUGAUGUGCUAUCAGGGGAUAUGGGAACAAAUGCAAUAAAAGCCAUAGUUUUGGAUUUACCCAAGACAGAAGCAAUAUACAUAGGUCCUAAUGCUUUUAGAAACAUGAGAAGGUUGAGGAUGCUCAUCAUGAUUAAUGUGCAUAACUCUUUCCAAGGUCUUAUCUGCCUUCCUAAUGAACUGAGAUGGUUGGAAUGGCCUGAAUGUCCUCCUUGGGUUCUCGAAUUUCCCUCUGGUCCAAAGAAGUUAGUUGGACUUGAUAUGCACAAAAGCAACAUCCAAGUCGUGAUGGAGCAAUUUAAGGACUUCAAAAAUUUGAAGUUCCUUAACUGCAGUGAAUGCCCGUCUGUGAUUUGUAUGCUGGACCUAGAUUGGACUCCAAAUUUGGAGGAACUGGAUCUCCAUGGGUGCAAAAACUUGGAGCGUGCUCACGAAUCAGUUGCAUAUCACGCCAAGUUACAGUUGUUGAAUUUAAAAGGGUGCUCUAACCUUCAUCAUCUCCCCAACGUGCUGCAGUCCAAGAAUCUUCAAUUUCUCAAUCUUACUGGUUGCUCAAAGUUGCAAAGAUUUCCUGAUAUUCCAGAUAAAAUCGAAAGCUUGCAAGAACUUUAUUUAAAAGGGACUUCAAUCGAGGAAUUUCCUGCAUCCAUAGAAAAUCUUAUCUCUUUGAAGAAUAUGAGUUUAAUUGAUUGCAAGAAACUGGCAAUCCUUCCGUCUAGCAUUUACAGGUUGCCAAAUCUUGAGAGCCUACGGCUUGAUGGCUGUUCAAAACUAAUCAAGUUUCCAAAGGAGGAGGAUUCGAGUGAUCUCCAUAGCAAGACAGGAUUUCCUAAGUUACUAAUUUUAAGCCUUAGUGGAUGCAAUCUAUUAGAAGUAGAGUUCUUGGAAAAUCGUUCCUGUUUUCCGUACUUGAAAGAUUUAGAUUUGUCGAGAAACAAUUUUACUAACCUUCCUACAUGCGAGCAACUACAUAAUUUACUCAAGUUGGAUGUUUCGGAAUGCCGACAACUACAAGAGAUCCUUGUGAUUCCAAGGGAAUCGGGAGAUCUAUGGGCAAAUGGUUGCGAAUCUCUCAGUAAAAUUCCCUCUGACAUGCGUCAUGUUAAUCAUGUUGAAUUAUCUUCAUGUCAUGAACUGGUCCGUAAUGGGUUCACCAUGAAUGAUUGCUUCAAGCUUGAGAACUUUCGUCCCAGACUUGAACAGUGUCUUGUUCUACCUGGAGGAGAGAUGCCACGGUGGUUGCUCCCUAACAAAGAGGGUUAUAUAUCUUUCAUGGCUUCAAGGGGCUUGUGUAAUAAAUUUCUAGGAUUAGUUUUAUGUGUUGUAUUCCGAGUAAAGGAAGGAAAAGGAAGGGCCAAAUUUAGGUUGACUGCAUGCGUUAAUGGCAAAUGGAAGGGACAAAAGCAUUUCGCGUUCAGUUCAUUGUAUUCAGAUCAUGGGUUUCUUCAAUAUGUCGAUGCAGAGCAUCUAUGGAAAUUAUACGAGGUUGGUCCGAAUGACUCAUGUUUUUUCCAGUUGGGCAUUAGAGCAUCGAGUGGUGGAAUUGUGAAAAAGUGUGGAUUCCGACUAAUAUGCAAUCCACUAGAGGACGAUUCGGAGGUUUUGCUUCAAGACGACCAGUUGCUAGAUCCUGCUUUGCUCUAUGAGAUUUGGCAUGACGAUAGUGAAACGAGCGCAAAGGAAGUAAGAAGUAAAACAUAUUUCGCUGACCUCACACUUGAGCGGUGGCUAGAGCAUGAAGAUAAUAAUCAAACAAGCACCGAGGAAGACAGUUCAAGUGAAGUAGGUGGCUCUCGCUGGGACUGCUUGCCAGCUGAGGUCGAAGCAGAUGACGCUACCAUGGCCGACUUCUCAGUUGAGGUCUCCGCGCAUUCAAAUGUUCUCCCUAAAGGAGAGAUGCCAGAGGCGUUUGUCCUUGUUGAAGGCAAUACCAUAUCUUUCAUGGUUUCACAGGACUUUUAUGACAAGUUCCUAGGAUUGGCUCUCUGUGUUGUUUUCGGUGUAGAAGAUGGAGAAAAGGAAAUUUUUUUCGACAUCGUGCCACAUAUUAACGACCAAAGACGGAAUGCGCUAUCGGGAACUCUCGGUUCAUUUGAUUCUGAUCACAUGUGGUUCCAGUACCUUAAACCAAAUGUGCUGUGGGGAGUGUUGGAGGGAGCAGUUGAUUUUCUUGAAUUUAACGAGGAUUAUUUACGAUUUAGCCUUACACUUAAAGUAUCGGGUGGAACCGUGGAAAAGUUGGGAUAUGUGCUAAGAUGCGAGCAACUAGAUGAUGAUCUGAAGGUUGCGCUUGAAGACAAUCGAUUAGUGGAUCCAACUUCACUCUGUGAAAUGGAGUACCGAGAAUUCUUACGCAAAUUUCUCCCAGCGCAGAUUUGA